UAUUAAAGCACAUGGAAUAUGAUUUCGUUUUCUUUACUUGUCAAUCAAGGCAUGGGAAUCGAAUGAUCUGAUAAUUUUUGAAAUUAAAUCUAAACUGUUAAAACUUAAACAGGUUGACUUACUAGAAGCUGAUGGUGGAUACAAAUUGUUCAGCGAGUAAAUGUGGGGCACUGGUUUUCUGAGUCAGGUAGUCGUUGUUUUUCUUGUAAGUAUAGUAGGUUCUUUGUGACGAAACAUUUUAAAGUGAUGUUUGGCGUUUGGAAACACGACUCGAAAUAUUCUUAAACCCAACAGAUCAAUGACAAAAUGAAAAAGUGACAUGUUGAAAUGCUACAGAAGUACUAUCAAACCGAAAUUACAGAAAAAAAGUGAGGCCUUAUAUCUAUUCGUACGCCAACUGCACGUUAUUUCCCACGUUAGUGGUAGUGCACUGCAGUUUGCACAAAAAUGAUUCGUCUUCCAUUCCUAGUCCUUACGGGAAUUUUAUGUGGCACUAUUAGUAGUGAUAUCACGUUAUAUGCUCCGUUUAACUGGGGAGGAUUACAAGGAAAUGUUACGUUCUUUCAAGAAACUCCGGAAAGUGAGGUUGUUAUUUCUAUUCACCUAAUACCGAAGACCAUCGAACCUAAAGAAUAUCGAUGGGGUGUGUAUGCGUUUCCUGUUGCUUUUGACGAAAGUGAAGCAUGUUCGACUAAAAAUCUCGGUAGAACGCGCCACGAUUUGUCGCGUAAACAUGGAAAUAUUGUGGUCCCUCCUGAAAACGAUACAGUUCAAGUGUUUUUGGACAAAGAACUCAAACUUCUUGGAGUUGGUGGAAUUUGGGGAAAAUCAUUAUUAAUUCGUAGUGCUGAUUAUGGAGAAGACAUUCGUUCUUGUUCCAAUAUCGUGGACCUAGGAGACGUCAAGACUGCUGAGGCACUGUUUACUUCGCCAGUGGCUGGUAGGGUAAUCUUUCGGCAGAGUGAAUUAGGAGACACAACAAUUUCUGCAACUUUAUUUCACACAGGGGAUGGCUACAACCCCACGUCUCGACAUGAUUGGAAGAUACUGGUCACAGACAUACUGGACAGAACGGUCAUUCGUCGCCUACAGGAUAGAUGCGACUACUUAACCAUUUUGUAUGACCCAAACAACAUAGACGAUACGAACUGCACCAAAGAAAACCAUGAGAACUGUAAGGCUGGCGACUUGGUGAAGAAGCACGGUCAGAUUAAAGUGGGAUCUACCAAUUCCAGGUACUCCCAAGCUUUCUUUAUCGAUACAAACUUGCAGUUUGCCUCACUAGAUGGCUACAGGAGCCUCUAUUUGGCACUGUUCGAGGAGAAAAACGCAUUCCGUAUCGUGGCUUGUGCGCAGAUAAUCGAAGUCAAACCUCGUGAAGUGAAAGCAGUUUUCAACAACGAUGGCGUGACUGGUUUUAUUCGAUUUAGUCAGAGGUACAAAAUGGAUCCAACAAUUGUCACGGUCAGUCUGAAGAAUCUUCGAGGUCGGGGAUCAGGCUAUCACGUCCAUGAGUUUCCUGUACCCCCAAGAAUAUUCAAGGAUGAUGACAUUUGUUCCAGCCAAUCUGUAGGUGGACAUUUCAAUCCUUUUCAAGUGAAUAGGACCUUGAGCCCAGCACCAGGUACUGGAACAAAUGACAUGUAUGAGGUGGGAGAUCUUAGUGGGAAAUAUGGCCUCUUGGACGAUGGGCUUCUGCCGACCUUUCAUUUUGGAGUUUAUGCCGACUUCAGUCUUCCGCUGUUCGGGACUUAUAGCAUUAUUGGGCGAUCAGUGGUGAUCCAUCGACCCAAUGGUACCCGAUGGAUCUGUGCCAAUAUUAAUUAUCCCACAAAAUCUCGCACGGCAGUGGCUAGGUUCGUGUUUCCUGUGGUGGGAGAAGUGACGUUCCGGCAGGAACUUGGCAACCCCUGGUCUGAGACUACAGUAUUUGGCGAGUUCAGUUACUCUGAUGGAACCCUGAAUAAUACAAUAAAUCAUCGUUGGGAAAUUCAUGUGGACCCUCCGGGCAGAGACUUUUAUAACUGGUCUAAACGCUGUGAGAGUGUGAGGGAACAGUACAAUCCAUAUAGGGUAGGGUUGGAGAGGGGAUACAAUCGAGAAUGUCACCCAGCGAAUCCUCUUCGAUGUUCUCUCGGUGACCUUACAGGGAAAUCAAGAAAAAUCACCGUGGCUGCUCGUAAAGGGAGCACCCAAAACAAGGUUUUCUACACGGAUGUUUCACUGCCACUGGAUGGCCCCACCGGAAUCGUGGGACGUGCCAUCGUUCUACACGAUGACCUGGCUCCUCAUCAUCGUGGGGAUAGGCUGGCCUGCACUUUGAUUGUGCCAUUUCGAGGGAUAAAAGCUAGUGUUAAGACUUGGUCGGUGGCCACUGCUGUAGAAUCAAACGUUACAGGUCUUAUACAAUUUUCUCAAGAAACAACGCACGACCAGACUUACGGUAAGGUAGACUUCCGAGGAAUGGCAGGACUGGCUAGUGGCUAUCACAUUCAUGAGGUUUCCGUUCCUCAAGAUCUCGAGUUUCCCUGUACCAGUGAUGCAGUUUAUGGUCAUUUCAACCCCUUUCAGGUGAAUGUACCUGUUGGUCCCGCUCCAGGUGUGGGAACAGUUGACCAGUACGAGGUCGGUGAUCUCAGUGGAAAAUACGGCUUGCUGGACAAUAAAAAUGUCACUAGGCUUGACUUUGAAGACAGUAAUUUACCACUGUUUGGACAAAAUGGCAUUAUAGGUCGAUCUGUUGUCAUUCACAAGAAAGAACGAAAUUUCCGGUGGGUAUGUGGAACUAUACAACCCGAUUAUAAGAAAGAGGAUGUUCAUGAAUACAAAGCCAUCGCUUCGUUUGAUCAGUUGGAGUCCUUUGUAGAAGGUUACGUUCGUUUACGACAGCUAGAAUACAAAGAUGGAAGUCUCAGUGACACGUGGAUUGAGGUGUACUUGAGACAUCCGGGAAGACGUAACAGGAACAUAACCACGGGUCACAACUGGGACGUGUUCGUCAACCAAGUCGGCCAUGAUGCAGUACAGCCAGUAGAAAACGUACGUUGUAUAGCAGCAGGAUACAGGUGGAACCCUUACCUGUCCAAGUCUGAUGACGAAUCUUACAAACGAGACUGUGGGCCAGCCAACCCACUACGUUGUGAAAUGGGAGACAUGACAAGUCGUCACGGAACACUGGAGGUUGGAGGAAAAAGGAGAGUUUUUACAGACGUCAACCUCCCUCUGGUGGGCAACUACUCAGUUAUGGGGAGGUCUGUCGUUAUCUUUUCAAAAGGUGGAAGUAAUAACAAGUUAGGUUGUGCCAAUAUCAAAUAUGACCUUCAUCUUGUGAAACAUGUGACUGUCCGGAAACAUCCGGGAUUUACCAGCGCCAGGUUUAUGGAACACAUGCGGGAGCUACUGAACAUGUCAGAUUGGCUGGUACAACAGGACGCGCAGUCUCACCACGAUAUACUGGAUGGGCAGUGUGCGCAGUUGACUGUUCAUUUUUAUGGUCCCGAGGCCCAUAAACUUCAGAUUCAAUUCAGUAAUUUAAUAAACUUGGGAAGUGUGCGUAAACGCACAAAGCUUGGAAUUAGGAAGAUCACCACCUUUUAUAAGCCGUGCCGAACUUUAAACGAACUUCUUGGAGAGGACUAUAUCGCAGGAUACAAUAUUUCUUCUUCGUUAUUGUCUUCCUUGUUUACUAUCGUGAUGGGCUUCUUAUGGGUUUUGCUACUUUUGGCAUAAAAAGUCCUGAACAUCUUAAGUACGUUUCGAGAUUAUUCCUGUGGCAGAACGCUGAUCAAAAGUCAUUUAUUUGAAAGAUUGUAUGUAGUAAUUAUAAUGUAAUUUUUUUUUUCACGCGUGCUAGACGUGCAAGUUUCAAAGUGUCGUGUUACCAGACGCAGCAUUUUAUUUUGAAAGAUAAUUUUUAAGUUCUGCUUCAGGUAGAUUUAGCUAAUUACCAUUUCACCAGAUGUCACCUUUGUGAUUAGCGACUACCAAUAAAAAAAUUUUUGCAACGUAUAGUUUAAAUAGCUUAAGGCGAAUUUCAAUUCAAACAGUUCACUAUAUAUACAUGACAAGACCGUUCAGUAGUUAAAGUAUAUAUAUGUUAUGGUAUUUUAGUUUUAUGAUUUAUUUACCAUACUUUCUGUAAAGUAGAUAAGAUCAGCCACGUAAAAGUUACAUAAAGACCCGUCCAGCAGUUAGGCUUCAGAAUUAAAUAAAUAAUUAGUGGAUGUUGAAUGAACAGAAAAGACUGAUAGUUGUAAUACCUUUCUUAUCGAAUAUCUACUGUUUGCUCUGCUGAUUUCUUUGGCCACAAUUUUAAUUACAGCCCCGUUUCUGUUCACAGUAUUUGUUUUCUAUGUACACAUACAGGCCUCCCAGCGAAUCUUUAAACACUGUAAAACCUGUUUUUAAAAAGAUUAAACCUUGAAACCUGUACAAUAGCUUGCAAUAGCCCAUAAAAUCCAUUUUUUUAAAUGCUUCAGUUUAUAAGAAAUGUAUAUUUACAGAAAUAUAAGUUUGUGCUCUUUGUUUAAAUUUAAAAGUCGGUUCUUAGUUGUCAUUCAUGUGGCCUGAAACAGACACUCAUUGUGGUCAAUGACACAUGAAUAUUAUUGGUUACGAGGUGGUGAAGGUUAUCCUCAACUUAUCCAAGAAAGAUUUCGCUCAAAGUAACCUGUAUUUAAUUUGUCCAGGUUAGCCAUUAUUUUCAAUAUAUAUAUGUAUACUAAAUCUUAUGCUAAUAACAUCUGUACUCUCAGGGAGUAGAAGUAAAAAUAAUGGUAAAUGCAUGAGAUACUGGAAAGUAUUUUUUUAAUUGAAUAUAUUUAACAAUCGCUAAAGAUAUUCGGAUAUGUAUAAUAUUAUAUUUGCUUCAUUAGAUUAUUAGGUUUUUGAGCACUUUUAUGUAGUAUUUAGGUUUUAAAAAGUGUAUUUAUUUAUUUAAUUAACUGGAUAAAUACAAUACAUUUAAUGUAAUUUUCUCUAGAUAGGUUUAAAGCUUAUUAUUCUCUCCAUCAAUAAAGAAAAAAUUGAAAACGUAACAGACAAUUGAAUUUCACCGAUUUCUUUUUUAGUUCUAGUACAGGUUAACAGUUGAAUCACUAAUUUUCUUCCGACUUGUACA